CAAAGACAAACGCCGGCCUUUUCCGCCCGAAGCGUCUGUUGUUUCAACGCGGAAAAUUGGUAAAUGAUGGCAGCAAAUAAUUAUUUUGGGUUUACUCAUGGAGGAACCCAAUAUGGCGCGGCUACUGCUGGGGCUGCAUAUGGCGGUCAAACAGGCUACGCUGUAGCGCCAGCGGCCACAGCCGCUACUUACGGUACCCAGCGCGCCGCAGCCACUGGAUAUGAUACGGCUUAUCAGGCCGCAGCAGCUACUCAGGAGGGUUGGUCGGCAGCGGCGGCCCACGCGCACGCGCACGCGGCCGUGGCGGCGGCCUCCGCCUACGACGCCAGCAAGUCCGCCUACUACCAGCAGGCCGCCGCCGCCUACCCGGCCGCCGCGCCGCCCCAGCCGCAGCCCGCCUACGACGCCGCCGCCGCCAAGCCCGCCUACUCCACGCCCGCCACCUACACCCAGAACACAAUUGUGGUGCAGGGCGGCGCCCGCGCCGGCGGCGGCGCAAAACCAUACGGCGGGGUGUAUACGCACUCGCACUCGCACACCGCCACCACGGCCGCCGCCUCCUACCCAGCGCAGCCCUACACCGCGCCCGCUACACAGCCGCCCAAGCAGUCGGCCAACAGAGGGAACACUGCUUACGACACGGCGUUGUACAACGCAGCGACUAUGUAUGUUGCGCAGCAGAACAAAACCGGCGGUGGAGGCGGUUGGAAGAACUACAAUAAAGGUGGCGUGGGCGCUGGACAGCAAAGACGGCCGAAACCACCACCUAAAGCUCAGCAGUUGCAUUACUGUGACGUCUGUCGCAUAUCCUGUGCCGGCCCUCAGACGUACAAGGAGCACCUGGAGGGCCAGAAGCACAAGAAGAAGGAGGCGGCCGUGAAGCUGGCGGCGGCCGGCGCCAGCGCCCGCGCCGGGGGCGGCGCCGCGCUGCGCUGCGAGCUCUGUGACGUCACCUGCACCGGCGCAGACGCCUACGCCGCCCACGUGCGCGGCAUCAAGCACCAGAAGGUCGUCAAGCUCCACACCAUGCUCGGGAAGCCCAUCCCCUCCACCGAGCCCACCAAGCUCGGCGGUGCCAAAAAGACGGUGGCCGGGACGCCCAAGAUCGCAUUCGUGGCUUCGGGGGGGCUUAGCACAGUGGCGAGCACAUCGAACAAAGAUCAAAACUCGCCCCAAGGCGACAAGGACAAAGAGGGCGAGGAGAAGGAGGACGAGGCCGACACGGAGCCCGAGGUGCAGCCAGUCGGCCAGGACUACAUCGAGGAGAUCCGUGGGGACGACGGCAAGGCGCUCAGCUUCAACUGCAAGCUCUGUGACUGCAAGUUCAACGACCCCAAUGCCAAGGAGAUGCACAUGAAGGGCCGCCGCCACCGCCUACAGUACAAGAAGAAGGUACAACCGGACCUGGAGGUGAAGGUGAAGCCGUCCAUGCACCAGCGGAAGCUGGCUGAAGCGAAAGCUCAGCGGCUGCUGGUCCGUGACGAAAUUUGGGCACGACGCCGCAUGCACGAGGGAAUGGAGGAAGAAGAACGUGGUUAUUGGGAAGGUGGCAUGGAACCAUGGUGGCCGCGCGGACCUCUACCGCCACACCAUCAUCACCAUCACCAUGGCAUGGGCGUGCCGUACGGGCCCGUGGGUCCGGUGGGGCGGCGCCCCGAGACGUCCGACGACCGCCACGUGGUGGCCAAGCACGCGGACAUCUACCCGCACGACCACCAGCUCGCUGACAUACAGCGCGUCGUCUCACACACAGAGAAGGCUCUCAAGUCGCUAUCCGACGCGCUCGCAGACCACGCCAGGCCCAAGGCACAAACAGGAAAUAAACCUGGACAAAUUGAUAAGAAAGAUGACAAACCUGAAGGAAAAGAAGAUGGCCGCGACAAUCAAUUGUUCUCGUUCGUGGGCGAGGGCGAGGCGACGGGCGCGGCGGCGGAGGGCGGGGCGGGCGGUGCGGGUGGCGCGGGCGGGGCGGCGGGGGCGGGGGCGCGCGCGCUGAAGGGCGUGAUGCGCGUGGGGCUGCUGGCCAAGGGGCUGCUGCUGCGCGGCGACCGCGACGUGCGGCUCGUGGUGCUCUGCCACGACCGGCCCACAGUCACGCUGCUCAAGAGGGUCGCCACAGACCUGCCGCUGCACCUCGCCAAGCUCAAGACGGCCAGCGACGAGUGCAAGUACAAGGUGGAACUGCUGGCGGCGGAGGGCGCGGUGCAGGUGUCUGACGGCCACGUGAGCGUGCUGGUGAGCCUGACGUCGGCCGUGAUGCGCGAGCCCGCAGAGGGUGGCGACAUAAAGCGAGACGACAAGGAUGUGCUACCGCGGCAGAAGUGUUUGGACGCGUUGGCCGCCCUUCGGCACGCCAAGUGGUUCCAGGCUAGGGCGGCCAGCCUGCAGUCGUGCGUCAUCAUCAUCCGGAUCAUGCGCGAUCUCUGCCGCCGCAUACCCAACUGGACGCCUCUCAAUCCCUACGCGAUGGAGCUGCUGGUGUCGGGCGUGAUGCAGUCUGCGGGCGCGGCGCUGUCGCCCGGGGAGGCGCUGCGACGCGUCAUGGAGGCCGUCAGCGGAGGCCUGCUGCUGGAGCACGGGCCCGGACUGCGGGACCCCUGCGAGAAGGAGCUCGUGGAUGCUCUCGGCAAUCUGCCGCCACAAAAACGUGAGGAUUUGACUGCGUCAGCGCAACAAUUCUUGCGGCAAAUAGCAUUUAGGCAGAUUCACAAGGUGCUGGACAUGGAGCCGCUGCCGAAGGUGAAGCACGCAACCGGUGGGUGGAAGUUCCCCCGCAAGCGCAGGCGCUCCAACACCGACACUGAGGGUGACCAGCCCAAUGGUGAAGGAAAAAUCGUCAAGACGGAAGAGAAAAUGGAUGCAUCUGAGAAUAGCGUGAAAAAGUAAUUAGGAUAAACACGAUCUGCCCUUCACACGAAAACUACUGCGACACAACGGCGACGAGCAAUGUAAAUUACGCGACGUUAUAAAAUUCUCUCCACUCGCAAAUGGUUGUUAUGGUCCGUUCUGGUCGUAUAUGUCAGGGCCUUCAAAAACUGAUUCAUUUACACUGUGCAGAAUUUGCAUAUUUUACGAAGUUUGUAUUCGGUGUAAGUUUGUACACAGUUUAUUUUCGGUCACACAAACUUUAGAUAACGUAAACGCGGUGAUCUGUCCAAAAUUAAAUGUAGUCCCAAAAUAUUCGUAGCGUAAGUUAGGAUUUAUAGAUUCUACACUUUGUAAUCUAGUAUUGAUUUAUGAUUGACAGGGAUAGUACGCGAUUCGAACACUGCAAGGAAUUGCGUAGAUAAUGUUGUAUGUAUGGAUAGAGAUUGUAAGUUUUUCUUUUACUAUAUUAGGUUUACAGUAUUUUCUGUUUGAAGUUGAGUUCCUCGGGCGCCGUGCGGCCGGCACGAGCGCGUCUCCGCAUAGUGGAGCCGUAAUUUACGAUACUUUGUUCUAUAUUAGAUAAGUUGUAUAUUUAUAAGUAUCUCUACGCCUCCAUAGUAGGCGUAUAUUGUGCGAGUAUUCCAUGAAAAGACCAGGAAUUAUUUUCUGAAAUCAUUUCUAUGUUAAAAAAGUAACAGUAACAGUUGCAUAUGUCGGCAAUGUCGAUUCCGGUAAAGUAAUUUAUUUUAUAGUCAAUGUUACCAGGAAUAUUACGACAUUUAUUCGUACAUGUGCAAUUAUUGUGACGCCAAGCAAUAAUUAAGGUCAUGGUGCAUUGUAGUGAUCGAAAUUAAUUUUUACUGAAGUAAUUUUUAUAAAAUUUUAAUUGAUCUGACAUAAAACACACAAUGGAACUUGUCUGAUGUGGAAUACGCUAAGAAUACGGUGAUGCCACGCUGUGGUAUAUAAGUGAUCUAAAGAUUAUUUAUUAGAUGUCGGGUUCUUUAUAUAAUCGGAACCUUUAGAUAGAUUUGUAAAAAAUAACAGAUUCGACCUUAGUAUCUAUAAAAAUGCAAUGUUUGUUUAUUAUAAUAUAAGACAUUUUUAUUUUCAUUUUGUACCCUGUACGAAAAAUUUACUGUCAAUAAAAAUAAUGACAAAAGAU